UUUGUUCUUCCCAGUCAUAGUGUUUGGAGGUUCAGCUCUCUUUUUGCUGCCUGUACUGCUAUCACUCUAGAUUAAAAGCUGUAGAUAUACCAGGGCUGCAGUGAGGGCUUUCAGUGACUUGAAUUCAGGCUGCAAAGAUGCAUUAGAACAAUGGACAAUGACUUCUGGGAAGAUCAUGAAAAAGUAAAGUAUGGCUAAUGGACCUGAGCUCCUCUCUCUUUCCUUUUGGCAGUCAUUCAUGGUAACGCAAAGUCUCCCGGGUGUACUUCAGUCUCCUCCCUGGUGAGCAGAUCAGCUUGGUGCCAUCUGCAAGUGCAGAGUGCUUUGAAAAGAGCCUGCUGAAGGCAUGCUAACAAGACCCUGAGUCACAGAUGGAGCAAACUUUCCUAGCUCAUGACUGUACAGUGGCCUCAAACGCUCUUUGGAGCAGCCGCCAGAGGAGCUGAACUUUGCUGUUUUCUGCUGUGCUGCCCGGGACCUUUUCCAUGUGAGCCUAGGCUGCUGGAAACAUUCAUCUAGGUGGUACCACCUCGAAGUGGAAUACUCUCCCUCCUCUCUGACAGCCUCUCCCUGCUUCAGUCCCUGCCAGUAGUAGCGUGUCACCACACGCCAGAUGUGCAGGCAGCUGCAAAGAGCUUCCCUCCCUGAGCACAGGUGCUCUCUUUCAAGAAAAAAGUAAGAGGUGAAGGUCUGUCACUGUUUAUGCCAGACCUGAUGGAGGCUGAAUUUUGGGAACCUGGUUGCAUCCAGAGGCGUCUGCCAGCGGCAGUGAGACUGGAGGCUGCCAACUUUGUCCUGGCCACCAUCAGGGACAAGAAUGGUGGACCUGGAAACCAGCUGGAGAUUACAAAGUCUCCUUUCUCUUAAGGCUGCUGGUCAGUGAUCCUCUUUCCCCACGCCUAAGGAAACUAGAGAAGCUCUACACUAACUUCUGUACAGCUUGUUUCACUAUGGAAGAUCAAAUGAUUUUCCAGCUCAGGUUUUGUGAAGUUCAGUAUCUGCCUUGGACCUGCAAUUUAGCAAACAGAUCAUCUCUGAGGCACGGUUGAGAAACAAGAAAACCAGUCCCAGACGAUGAGCACUUCAAGUAGCACUGGAAUAUUACUCAGCUUAACAACAGUGUCUGUUACACUGGAUUUUAGUCUUCAUGGUGGUCUGAUGGCUUGGUCCUUAAGCAGCAAUUUGACUCUGAAUCAGAGUUUGCCUACAUCUGAUCCUCUUAAUGCCUCUGAGAAGGAUGAAGUCUCUCGGAUGUCUGUGAGGGAGAAGAACUGGCCGGCCCUUCUCAUCUUGGUUGUCAUCUUGCUGACCAUUGGGGGGAACAUAUUGGUAAUUAUGGCUGUGUCGUUGGAGAAGAAGUUGCAGAAUGCCACAAACUUCUUCCUGAUGUCCUUGGCGGUGGCAGACAUGCUGGUGGGUAUCCUGGUCAUGCCCGUGUCGCUCAUUACAGUCUUGUAUGAUUAUGCUUGGCCUUUGCCUAAACAGUUGUGCCCUAUAUGGAUUUCCCUAGAUGUGCUCUUUUCAACUGCAUCUAUCAUGCAUCUCUGUGCCAUCUCUCUUGAUCGGUAUGUAGCAAUACGCAAUCCCAUUGAGCACAGCCGCUUCAAUUCCCGCACCAAGGCUAUUAUGAAAAUUGCUGCAGUUUGGACCAUAUCCAUAGGGAUAUCCAUGCCUAUUCCAGUCAUUGGUUUGCAGGAUGACUCUAGGGUGUUUGUAAACGGGACCUGUGUCCUCAACGACGAGAACUUCGUCCUCAUUGGAUCCUUCAUGGCGUUCUUCAUCCCUCUUAUCAUCAUGGUGAUCACAUAUUGCCUGACCGUUCAGGUACUGCAGAGACAGGCAACAGUGUUCAUGUGCGGAGAGGUGCCCAAGCAGAGGAGAAGCAGCGUAAACUGCCUCAAGAAAGAAAACAACACAGAGAACGUUUCAAUGCUUCACAAUCACGAGGGAGCAUCUCACUUGAACUCUCCUGUAAAUAAGGAGGCAGUGCUUUUUCGGAAAGGAACUAUGCAGUCCAUCAACAACGAGCGAAGAGCCUCCAAGGUCCUGGGCAUCGUCUUCUUUUUGUUCCUCAUCAUGUGGUGCCCGUUUUUCAUCACUAACGUCAUGUCUGUCCUUUGCAAGGAAGCCUGCGAUAAAGACCUCUUGAGUGAACUCCUGGAUGUGUUUGUUUGGGUGGGGUACGUUUGCUCUGGGGUUAAUCCCCUCGUGUACACACUCUUCAACAAAACGUACCGCAGGGCUUUUUCCAAUUACAUCCGUUGCCAAUACAAGACCAGCAAAAAAUCAGCGCUGCGGCAGAAUCAGUGUCUGAACGUCGCUUCAACAGCUUUGUACGGCAAAGAUCUGACUUUAACUAGUUAUCGAAACGGCAAUGAACUCAAUAGCAUGGAACUGGAUGAGGAGGGCCUUGAAAUGCAACCGGGGACUUCAGAGCUCUCCAUAAACAGCUGUAACGUUGUAAGCGAAAGAGUGAGCUGUGUGUAAAGGUGGCUCGCGCAGCCUUUUGCUACAGUGUGCCUGUAGCUAAAAUCUAUGGUGUAAAAAUGUAAGUGUUGGUCAAAGGACAAUGUAAAUAUUGCAUUCUGAACAAAGCUUGUUUUUUUUUAUUUAAAGAGAAACAAGGAGUUGUCUUUCCAGUCCAGUACUUAAACUCGUAUAUAUUAAUAUACUGCAGUGAAGUUUAAGGUUCUAUAUUUACUGUUAAUACUAGAUCAGAACUAUUAGUUACUUUGCAUAUGUCAUGGACAAAAUGUUUGAAUUCUUCUUCCAGUGCAUGAACAAAAAAAAAAGCUGAAUAUUUAUCUCAGGUGGCAUUUGCUGGAGUCCAGAAUGGCACGUUAAUAGUUAUAUAUCGAAUACAUGCUAUUAGACUUGGUCAGUAUAACUUUCUUUUUCAAGUUGACAGUAAAUAUAUACUUUAAAUCCUCACCCCUAUUUGUGCCGUGUAAAGACUGUACAGAAACCUGGCAGAGAGGCAUGACAAAAGCAUAGUGGCUGUGCAGGCACUUGGCCAGACAUGUCCUGUUACGGGUAGUGGCUUGCUGCUAUACUGGGGCAAUCUUGCGCUUCAAGGGACCUCUGUUAAAUUUCACCUCCCUCUCCAAUCUGCUGUUUCCUUUCUGUUCCCCCUGAGGCUCCAGUUCCUCUGAGGAAGGUGGAGAAUGCAGUUCUGGUGUGGUUUUGUGAUCCUGGCUGGGAUCACUUGCACACUUGGAGAAGAAGCGUGAGAAACAGAUCAAAGCCCAGUUGUCUGCUUCAACCAUUUUAUAAAUGGAGGGCCUCAGAUUUAGAAAAAGCCUUCCUUUGGUCUUAUAGAUAAUCAUCAGCUCUGGGAUGGAGCAAGCUGUGCUCAGUGGGGAUGGCACUACCUUCACAGAUUGCUCGGAUGAUCAGGGUCUUCGGUGUGCUCUGGAUGGGUGCUCUGGCUUUGUAAGAGCUCUUGUCUUCUGGGUCCUCACAUCUAUUUAUUCCUUAGCUUGUUUAGCAUUUGCUUUUAUUUUUCAGCAUCCUAGGACUUGCAGUGCUGGUGAUAAAACACUGCUUUGGAUAUAGAGCAGAAGCUGCUGUGUGUGUGGCGCUGGUCAGGGUCAGGCUGUGAGGUGCAGGAUGCACCUCCUUGGGGGAUGCUGGGAGAGAGGCAUAAACAAGGGUUGUUUUUGUCUCAGGAGGGGGUGGGCAGAGCUGGACAGAGCAUGUGACUGGAAUCAUUUGCUGAAGGUUCAAAAGUAAAUGAUGACCAGGGAUAGAAAAGAAGCAGACCUGGGGCUAGUCUACAUGGGAGACAAAUCUGGAUUACCUUCUAAAUUCGAUUUAUUCCAUUUCUCUCCCAAAGUAAAUUAUAGUAUAUCAUAUUAACACACUUACAUCUUAAUGAAAGCAUCUACAUUGGGAUUUCAUGCAGUUUAACUAAUCUGCUUUUAAUUUACACCCUGUAGAAUUUGAACUGUUUUUCCUCUGUGCUCUCUGUAGACAAACACUCCAAGGCAUCCUGUCUUUCUGGCACCAUGCCUCUGGGGUGAUGCCUCUCAUGCAUUUUUCCUUGUGUGUCUAAUGCCAGAUAUCACCCAUAAGGUUUUUCACAUCUUCAGCCACUAAUACACAAAUGCUGCAGUGCUCAUCUGACAUGGGUGCAUUUAGCAUCAUUGGCUAUGAAAACCCUCAGAACAGAAAAGCUUACACUAGGCAUGGAUAAAUUGCAUUUUACUAACAUGAACUGCUUGUACUCUAGGCUUGCUGGUUAAAACUAGCAGAAGUGGAAAACUCUGCAAAUGCUAUGGUAGCCUCAUGCUGUUGCAUUGCUGUGUACAUCAACAACCUACUGAAGCACAGCACAUGGGUGGCAUCUGCUGCUGGGUUGCUCUCAGCUUGAGGUGUUGAAAUUGAUGGUCACCUCUUCUCCCUCAUCCCCUUCUGGGAAAAAUCCGUAGUACUUCCAUGCAGGCAGGUGAGGCAUCCCAGUGUGGAGAGGAGCACUUACUGCUUGCAGAAGGCAGCAGAGAUGCACCAUGUGCCAGCCUGCUUAUACCACCACGGGCUUGAACACUUGGGAUUCUACUUGCCUCUCCAGACAGGUCUGGUAACUGGUAGGAAAAGGACUGGCCAGAGACACAAACUUGUGCCUUCAGUAACUGCCCUUUGCUCUGAGUCAGACUUUGUUAUUUCAAACAGUGCAGACAAAUCAGAAAUAUCACAUUGCUUUUUAAGUUGUUGGUUUUUUUUUUCCUUGAGUGAAUUCAUAGCACAUCUUUUUCCAAACAGAUAUGUAUGUGUGUGUAUAUGUAUAUGUGAGUGUGUACAUAUAUACACAUAUAUAUCCUUUAAAGGCAACCAAGACUUUGAAAGCAUUUAGCAAUAAGUUGAAUUACAGUAGCUUCUAGCACACAUGUGAGCAGGUCAUGUGUGAACAGCUCAUUUCCCAAAGUGUUCUCAGACUUGGUGUGAGUCCACACACAGGCAUCGUCUUCUCAUAGGAGCCUUCGUGUCUUGCCCUUGCCAGUUCUGUUGUAUGGGCAAAAAGGGAAUCUAAUACAUUUGGAUGUAAAUAAUGGGAAUUGAACAGAGAAUUUACAGAGUUUUUAUAAAGAUUUUUAAGAAAUUCAACACCAGAACUGUAAAUAUGUCAACUGUGGCUCCUCAGCUGGACCCAUUCUGAAAUGCAUCACUUGUUUAGGUACAGAGCCAAGGGGACUGCCUUACAGAGCCUGCACUCCCUCCCAGCCAGAGGGUGAUAACAUUUUGUGAAUGGUUAAAUGCUGUCACUUACCCAACUUCCUUUGGGACAUUCACAUCAGGGUUUUGUGAUGCUGCUAUUAAUUUAUUAAAGAAAGUUUGUUGUUUAA